CGUCCAGCAGCUGAUCGGUAAUCCAGAAGAAGUUUCCCCUCAGUUAGGGGGGAGCUCCACUUUGAAGCAGGAGACUCCACAACCACCCUGCAUUAAAAAGGAAGAGGAGGAACUCUGCAUCACUCAGGAGGGAGAGUGUCUUCUAGGACGAGAGGAAGCUGAUUACACCAAGUUUCCACUGAGUAUUCUCUCUGUGAAGACUGAAGAUGAUGAAGAGAAACCACAAGUAGACAACCUCUUAGCUCCACUAUCAGAUAGUGAGGCUGAAGACGAGGUUGAAGAACCUUUGAGCAGCGAUACAGACUGUGAAGGUGAUAUGAGGACUCACACUGACAACAAACACUCUGAAUGCUCUACAAAGAAGAGAGGUAAAACAUGUUUGAGCUGCUCAGUUUGUGCUGAAAGUUUUACUAAAAAGAGCCGUUUGACUCAACACAUGAGAACACACACAGGAGAAAAAACAUUUAUUUGUUCAGUUUGUGGCAAAAGCUUUUCUCAAAAUAGCAUUUUGACUGAACACAUGAGAACACACACAGGAGAAAAACCAUAUGAGUGUUCAGUGUGUGGCAAAAGCUUUUCUGUUAAGAGCAAUUUGGCUAAACACAUGAGAACACACACAGGUGAAAAACCAUUUAAUUGUUCAGUUUGUGGAAAAAGCUUUUCUCAAAAUAGCUAUUUGACUCGACACAUGAGAACACACACAGGAGAAAAACCAUGUACUUGUUCAGUUUGUGGCAAAAGCUUUUGGCAAAAUAGCUACUUGACUAAACACAUGAGAACACACACAGGUGAGAAACCAUUUAAUUGUUCAGUUUGUGGCAACAGCUUUUCUGAAAAUAGUAAUCUGACUCAACACAUGAGAACACACACAGGAGAAAAAACAUGUAAUUGUUCAGUUUGUGGCAAAAGCUUUUCUGUUAAGAGUAAUUUGACUGAACACAUGAGAACACACACAGGUGAAAAACCAUUUAAUUGUUCAUAUUGUUGCAAAAGCUUUUCUGUUAAGAGUAAUUUGACUGAACACAUGAGAACACACAUAGGUGAAAAAACAUUUAAUUGUUCAGUUUGUGGCAAAAGCUUUUCUGUUAAGAGCAAUUUGACUGAGCACAUGAGAACACACACUGGAGUAAAACCAUUAAAUUGUUCAGUUUGUGGUACAAGCUUUUCUCAUAACGGCUCUUUGUGGCGACACAUGAGAACACACGCUGGAGAAAAAUCAUUUAGUUGUGCAGUGUGCUGUAAAAGGUUCCAACAUAAAGCAGACGCAGUGAAACACAUAAGAACACACAAGGGAAAAUAACCAAUUAGCUGUUUAGUUUGUGGUAUGUUGCUCAUAUGUGGUGACAUCCACCCUACCCAGGACCUCCUCACUGCUUCUUUCACAAAUAUCUGAGGUAUACAAACUUGGAUUAUUUGGAGCAUAAUCUUAUCUACUCAUGACCCCAUGUCUUCUCUGUAUCUGAAACCUUCCUGAACAGUAAGAUAGAUGAUGCUUCAAGUGCUUGGUUACUCCUUCUUCAGUCCAGGGACCUGGGGCCUCAUGUGUCAAGUUUGUGCACGCUCAAAAACCUGCACUACACCCUUUUUCACUGCAAAGUUGAGAUGUAUCAAAACUGACGUUGGGAUGCUGGGUAACUGUUUGCAUAACCAAGUGCCAACUUUUACUCCUCAGACUGAUUGAUGUGCAAAUCAGAGACAUAUGAACAAUUAACCCCCAACACCCACAACCCAACACCCACCUCCUUCGACAUUCGGGCAUAACAGGUUCAAUCCGGCCCACAAGAUGAGUUUGCAAAGUGUAAAAUUCAGCUGCAUUUUUUAAUGAAAGAAACUGCUGUUCUAAAUGUGUCCACUGGAUGUCACAAUAGCUAUUCUGUUAGGCAAGCAAAUAGUUUAUACCGGGGCGAGCAAGUAUACCAAGCAAGAGGUACACGGUAAAGCGGGGCUGUGACUCCUCCCCCUCCACCCAACGUAAAACAAGAGUAAAAUAAGCAAUCAGUAACCCACUUAAAAUGCAGCAUGAGACACUGCACACUGAUAUAGUUCUGUGAAAAUGAUUGUCUUCUGUGCAAAUGUAAAGAAAGUGAACAGUGUGUGAUUUACUGCAAUACUGUCAGUCUUUUCACUUUUUAUUUGUGCUUUGUGGAAAUUGUUCACACAUUGCACUGCUUUUAUUUUUCUAUCAAUACACAUUAUGUCUAGAAGACAGGAAGUAACUCAACACUCUUGAAUAGUUUCUACCUCAGUUUGUAUGGUUUGUUGAGUUAGCACAGGAUUAAUAUGUGGAAAUGACAAAUGAGGUAGUUGAUACAUAGAAUAGUUUUUAUUCAUGCUUUUAUUUUAUUUUUUGUUCAAUCCUAGAUGGGUUGUGACUUAAAGUUUAAUAGAAACACCGAGAUUAAGUCUAAGUUCAUUGUGUUCUUCAAGGUGUUUUUGAAAAUGCACCAUUUUUCUAAGUAAAAUAAAGAAAACAAUCUGAUGUGGUUAUAGUCGUAUUUUUAAGUUAUCAUGCCAUGAUUUCACCCGUCCCGCCCACAUGGAAAUAGAUUUUCCUCCAUGCGGCCCCUGAGCUAAAAUGAGUUUGACACCCCUGCUGUAAUGUGACUCAUGUGAGCAGGUUACUGUAUAAACACAUUUUGUUAUAAGUUAUAAAAAUGUGUUCAGUUCUCAGAGACACAUCAAUGUCAGGCUGACAAUCGCUCUUCCGCUUUCUCCAAACACGAGAACAAAGCAGCUCCUACUGACUUGUGAUUGGUCAGACCGUGCCCAUCUUAAUCACAUGGCUAAUUUCAAUAUAAUAAAUUGUGAUGUAACACAAUUGAAUAUCUUAUAUGCUCAGACAGUAAUGUGUUUAUAUAAGUUUAGAUUGUGUAAUGAUGUUUGUAAUGGGGAAAGACGUUAAUGUGUCUUGUUUUCAUGUUUGUAUUUAAGAUAGUUGACAUUUAGCAUGAUAGCUGUUAACUGGCGAUUAGUGAUGUUAAGUGCCUAAGAUGGUAGUUAUUGAUUAGCAGUACUUCUAGACCUCCACCCCAGAUCCCACCUCACUCCUACCCACUUCUCUAAAGUGGGCUGGCUCAAGGUGGAGGACAGAGUUAAACAACUUGCACUGAGCCUAGUCUAUAAAAUCCACUACACCUCCCUGAUACCGAAGUACAUGUCAAACUACUUCCUUAACGUAAAUGACCGCCAUAACCACAACACCAGGGGGAGCUCCACUAACUACGUUAAACCCAGAUUCCGAACUAACAAAGGUCUUAACUCAUUCUCUUUCUAUGCCACAUCAAUGUGGAAUGCGCUCCCAACAGGUAUAAAAGAAAGGGCAUCUCUAUCCUCCUUCAAAACCGCAAUAAAAGUUCACCUCCAGGCAGCUACAACCCUAAACUAACACCCUCCCCGGAUUGCUAAUAAUCAAAUGUAAACAAUCAAAUGCAGAUACUUUUCUUAUGCCUUCUGAUCUCUCUCUCUCUCUCUCUCUCUCGCGCUCUCUCGCUCUCUUUCUCUCUCUCUCUCUCUAUAUGUCCACUACUUGCUGUCCAUAUCCUACCCCCCACCCCCUCCACACCCCUGAUUGUAAAUAAUGUAAAUAAUUCAAUGUGAUUAUCUUGUGUGAUGACUGUAUUAUGAUGAUAGUAUAUAUGAUAGUAUAUAUCUGUAUCAUGAAUCAAUUUAAGUGGACCCCGAC